AUGGUUGUUCUCUUUAAAUUGUUGGUAUUGGUCUCUAUAGUCAGAAUUGUUGAGACCAGGCACAUCGCAGCAGUUCACCCAUCAUCGGAGCAUCAGCGCCUCCAUUCAGAUGCAGAAAAUGUAAAAAAUUAUGUUGGGAUUGGUUACGACGCGGUGUUCGGUAAUCCGUUGGGUAGCUCCGGUCCGAGCAACGAUUCGGGUUACAGAAACCUCAUAGUUGAGUCGCACAAAAACGCUUCCGAUCAGCAAGGCAACAAAUCUCAAAGCAAUGGCGUUUGGACUAGAGAACUUUCCACGUGCUGGAGAAGCGACAAACGAGAGGGAGCUGGAGACGAGGAUCUCAUGCGCGACCUCCAAAAUGAAUUCCAGCUGGAAGGGGCGGAGAGCAACGAAUUACUGGAGGCAAACCUGCGCAAUAUGAUAGCCAAUGACGAGCCCAACACGAAAUCUGAAAAGUAUACGGUGGCGAAAUCGUUUUGCGCAACAAAGGAAGGCGGAAUAAUCUUGCCAUUCAAAGGGAACUUGUCACCAUUCUUCCUCAAUGACGUUGGCCACUUGCCAAAGGAGCUCUCGGGAAUUGAGACCUGCACGCCGGACGUUUAUAUCGCAGAGCCAUCUAAUAAGGCAUGCGAUGCUGUUAACAAAUGGGUGCAGUUUUUCAGACGUUACGGGACCCACAUAACCAGCCACGUAAUUGUAGUUAAGCAAGAAGUGUCUAAACGGGCGACGGGUGAUAAACCCGAUGCGCCUGAAAAUGUGUCCAUCGUGCACAAUUUUAAAAGCGUCAUGAAAGGCCGACGCGAAUCCCGCCAAAUGUGGGUGGUCGGAGGGUUCUACGUAAAGGGUUUGGAAUCGAAUGACCUACAUGCAUUAAAAGUAUGGGCUAAAAGCUUGCGUCAGCGACCAAUGCCUAUACGUGCGACAUUCACGUCGCUUGAUCAUUUUCUUGGUGACAAAGCAAAGGUCUACCACGAAGCAAUGCAGUUCUACCGGAACUUUCAGAGUGUAGCCAAUGGACAUUCCCUCAACUAUCGCACCUUUAGUCAAAUGUUGCGUGAGACGGUCACUGUAACUGCGGAUGAUGGCAUUGCCCGUUGCCCUGCGAACAUGGCAGUGGUAGCAGGUUUCGUGGUAACGAGAACUGAUCCCAUGCGUAUCGACACGUGUAUUCCCUCUAGGUCAUUCUGCGCAAGUGACGUGCUACGGGGAAACGCUAUAGCAGUAGCGCUAUGUGCCAGAGGUGGGGGAUUCACCAUGACUGCAAUUGAGUCAACUGGAUUUCGUGCCUGCCCCGAUGAUUUGGUGGUCGCUUUCGGAUUCCAGCUAUACAAUGAUGGUUCUGGCUCCCUGCAAGUGGCAGCAUGCCCGUCAGGCCGUGAAGAUUGCGGAGUUAUGCCGAGCCGGAACGGUGUUGAGUGGAAAGUCUGCGCACGCCGUAAGCUACUGGACUCAUCAUUUGCGCCCGUCACCAGGGGUGCCAGAGAAGGCGAAUUUAACUUGGUGCCGUGCGAGAAUCCACAAAAGGUCGUGUCGGGUGAGUUUAACCUGCCAAACGCACAUAACCUCAGGAUUCGUCCUGAUACGCAAUCGCUCAAGACUAGGGAUUUCUAA